GCAAUUGGGAGGUGGACGUAGCCUGGGAAUCAAACCUCUUGUUUUAGCCUUCAUCUGAACUAGGUGCCCAUGUGUGUUUCUUUGAUUGUAGAAACAACGGCAUCAUGUGAUAUGCUCUUAAGGCAGAAACAGCCAGUUCGGGUGGACGCAAAUUACCUUUGGCUUGCUUGGAUUUGGAUAGCACUGUACUGACCAAAGAACCAAAGAAGGGGAUGGCUCACUUCAAUUGAGACCGGAAUUGUGAUUGCCCCCGACAUUUUGAUUUGCGGAAGACUCGAUUGAUUGGUUCAAUUUGAUUUGGAACAUAACAUGGGUUGGUCAAAGGGUCUCUACAUAUCCCUGGUCUUGGCAGCAUUGGAUAUUGCUCGGUUAAGUGUACAAGUGAGUCGACCAGAGAAAUUAGACGCCGAUGCAGUCGUUGUUGCCAUGAAAGGCAGAUCCGUCGUACUGAAUUGUCCUACCGAUUCAGAAGAUAUUAAGAAUAGGAUAGCUUGGAUAAGGGAGAGCUCAAAAACCGUUCUCGCUCUUCAUGGAGUGCUCGUGAGUCAGUCAAAUAAGUAUAUCAUCAUUGACAAGGCAGGGGGUGCAUACGACCUUAAGCUUCUCAAUGUCACUUUCGAGGAUGAGGGGAUGUACAUAUGUCAAGUCAAUUUUGUUCCCAUGGAAAACAAGAUAAUUAGUCUCAUCGUUGUCAUGUCUCCUCAAUUUUUAGCCAACACUACAUCUAGCUCAAGCAUUACUGUGAAGGAGGGCGAAUCUUUAAACUUGACUUGUUCCGUGGUUGGAAAGCCAGAACCCAAAGUGUCUUGGAGAACGCCAGACGGAAGAUUUGCCUCCAACAACUCAUCUACCUUUUACGUCAAACGAGCCAAGAAGAGUCACCAUGGAAAAUACUCUUGUAUCGCCAAAAACGGAUAUGCGCCUAGCAUAUCCAAGACAUUUCAUGUCGUUGUUGAACACGCUCCAAUGAUAAAAGUGUAUUCAAGCUCAAACUCCUCGGCAAUCUGUAUUGGGUGCAAGGUUGAAGCCGAACCUUGGCCUUCAGAGUUUUACUUGACAGAGCAAGGUCUUGUGAUUGCUAGGCAAAUAGCCCCGGGGCAAGAUUUGUUGACUUGUAAUGUUGGUUACUCUCGAUCGGACCGACAAUUUACUUGUCAAGUAACCAACACUAUAGGAAUGACGGUCAAAACAAUCUUGCUGCAAGGUCAAGAAGAGAGCAAAUUUAGGAAGGGGGCGCUCAAACUGUCCACCAGACCACUACCAGUUUAUCCAACAAGGAAAGCUUCCACCCAACCUCAACGUUAUCGCCAAAUGACCACAACCAAUGCCCCUGAACGCGACUACCCGAAUUACUUAAGCAAUGCUUUCCGAAUCAGAAGCCCUGAAUUCUUAAUUCUCAUCUCAAUAACGCUUCGUACAUAUUGUUUUAGAUAGAAAUGAAAAAAUGACCUGCUGUAUAUUAAUCCGCCAUUCAUAAACAUUGUUGCACGCAUUGGAAGGAAAUUAAAUAUUUGCAUCGA